AUGUGCUCCCAAUUCCGAACCGAUAGCGAAGGUCUGCUGGCCCGAGUGUUGGAGACCCCGAGCAGCGUGACAGCGGUGUUUGGCACAGACGUGGUGCUGCCAUGCGGCUACCAGGCCACGCAGGGUGAGGCGGUGCUGCAGGUCACCUGGCUGAAGCGAGUGGACGGCGGGAAGCGCGUGGAGGUGGCUGUCCUGAAUUCGGAGCAUGGGGUCCACAUCGAGAAGGCCUACAUUGGCCGGGUGCAGCGGCAGGCGCAGGGGUCGCUGGUGAACGGCUCCAUCGUGCUGAAGAACGCGGUGCAGGCUGACGAGGGCGCCUACGAAUGCCAGCUCAUCACCUUCCCCCGGGGCAACUUCGAGUCCCGCCUGUCCCUCAAGGUUCUAGUGCCCCCAUUGCCAAUCCUGAACCUUGGGCCUCCGCUAGAGGAAGGGCAGGGCCGCACACUGGCCGCCUCCUGCACCGCUGAAGGGAAUCCCGUCCCCACCAUCACCUGGGAGACCGAAAUCCGCGGCGUUUCCAACACCCAGGAAUCCUCGCAUCCCCGCUCGGCCUCGGUCACCAGCGAGUUCUACGUGGUCCCUGGGCGCAGCAUGCAUGGCAAGGCCUUGACCUGCGUGGUCUCGCACCCGGGGCUGCAGCACCUGAAGAGGAUCACCCACACCCUCAGUGUGGCCUACCUGUCCGAUGCCUCCAUCCUGGGUCCCGGUGCAGAGCAGGAUUGGACGGAAGGCCAGGAAGGGGCCUCUCUGAAGUGCCUGGGGGAGGGCAACCCACCCCCCACCUACAACUGGUCUCGGCUCAACGAGCCUCUUCCCAUGGGAGUGAUGAUCAAAGGGGACACCUUGCAGUUCCAGAGGCCCCUCAAAACUGGAGACAACGGGAUUUACAUCUGCCGAGUGUCCAACAGCUUUGCAGCCAAGGAAGUGAGGGCUGCAGUGGGCAUCAAAGAACUCCCAGCACCACAGGUGGACGUGGUCUCCAUCUCCAUGAUCGGCGUGGCCAUCAUUUCGGGGGUCUUGCUCAGCCUCCUGAUCCUGGUGGUCAUCCUCAUGACUUGCUACCACAAGCGGAAAACCAAGCGCAUCACCAAGAAAUAUGAGGAAGAACUGACUUUGACCCGGGAAAAUUCAAUCCGGCGCCUGCAUUCCAGCCACAGUACGGACACCCGGCAUCAGAUCGAAGAAAACCUUCCCCUGAGGUCGGAGAGCCGGCAAGGGAGCUUCCGCGGGGACAGCCUGUGCCGGGAGAGCCUCCGAGCGGAUAGCCUGUGCCGGGAGAGCAGGCAGGGCAGCUUCCGGACAGACAGCUUCCGGGAAACCAGCCUUUGCUCAGUGAUGGGAGAAGAUGCCGAGGGACGUAGCUACUCAACCUUGUCCACCGUCCGGGAAAUCGAGACCCAGACUGAGCUUCCCCCGCCACCCCCGACUCCGGUCCCAGAAGAUCAGACGGAGGAGAAGGAGAAAGAGAAGGAGAAAGAGAAAGAAGAAGAGGAAGAGCGGAAUGACGAAAACAAUAUCAAGCAAGCAAUGACUCACUUUGUUCAAGAGAAUGGCACCCUCCGUGCGAAACCCACCUCCAACGGCAUCUACAUCAAUGGACGGGGACACCUGGUCUGA